GAAAAGAUGGUGGCCAAGUGAAGACAACAAAGUUUAGACGUAUCGAAAAAGGAGUAUAACUCUCGGUGCUGUCUUUUAAAUAUCUUCCCAGCAUCGUCAGUACUCCGGCGUCUUCACCAGAACCAGUUUUCCUGAUGAAAUUAUGAAAUUUAGGAAUUUUGUAUUCGUUCUUCUGAUCGUAGUUACCGUUUCUUUGGAUUUAGUCGCCGGAGCAGCUUGUAAAGGUUGUGCUCCGCCAUGUGUGUGUGUAGGACAGAAAGGUUACAAGGGUGAGUCAGGCCUAAGGGGCGUGCGAGGACCUCCAGGAAUGCCCGGAUUUUUGGGACCUGAAGGACCAACUGGCCCCAAAGGUGGUAAAGGUGAUUUAGGACAAGAAGGGGCCAUUGGACCCAAAGGGUUGAGGGGUCAGGAGGGACUUGCUGGAUUCCAUGGAAACCCUGGUGCACCGGGUCUGAAAGGACUAGAAGGUCCUGUUGGACCUCAAGGCUACCCAGGAUGCAAUGGUACAAAGGGAGAGCCUGGUAAACCUGGUAGACCUGGUCAGUCAGGAAUCCAAGGACGACGAGGUAUCGAUGGACUUCCAGGACUGAAGGGUGAGCCUGGUGAUGGACAAACAUUAACACCUGGGCCUAAAGGUGACCCAGGAGAACCAGGACCACCGGGACAAGAUGGCCAGCCUGGAUACCGUGGGUUGCCUGGAGACCGAGGUUACGAGGGUAACCCUGGAUUACAGGGAUUACCAGGGGCUGAUGGUUUGCCUGGCCCCAAAGGAGACAUGGGAGAGGCAAGGCGUGGACUCAAGGGAGAACAGGGUGAUGAAGGAUACCCUGGGCAGCAAGGUCCACCUGGUCCCCCAUCACAGGAGGGAAAACCGAUAGAUGAGGUCAUAUUUGGACCUAAUGGUGAGGCAGGAAUUCCAGGACUGCCGGGCAACGAUGGUCCACGAGGCCUUCCUGGUGAUAUAGGGGAAGAUGGUAUAAAGGGUCCACUAGGUCCUAAGGGAAUGAAGGGAAGUCAAGGUAACCAGGGCAGAAGGGGUAAGCGUGGAAAAGAUGGCCCUGCUGGAGCAUUUGGUCCUAAAGGAAUGGCAGGUGACAAGGGACAAGUUGGAAACAGUGGACUUAAAGGUCUUAAGGGAUUUUCUGGUGAUUUUGGAUUCCAAGGUCAGAGAGGAGAUCCAGGACCAAGGGGUUUACCUGGAGAGAUCAUUGGCUCUGGGGAAGGACGUCCAGGACCCAGGGGAAUUUCAGGGGAUCUUGGAGAUGACGGACCUAAAGGCUUUCCAGGUCAAGAUGGACCAACAGGUCAGCAGGGAAGGAUUGGAUCCAUUGGUCCUCCAGGGCCAAAUGGCCUUCCAGGUUUAAGGGGACCCCCAGGAUUCUCAGUGAAGGGUGACAGAGGAUUUACUGGUGAUCCUGGUCCAGAUGGUCUGCCAGGAACUUUUGGAGUUCCCGGAGAGACAGGAAGUGUUGGACUGCCUGGUGAGCCCGGUCGUACAGUGGUUGGCCUGCCAGGUUUGCGUGGACGACCUGGUCGUGAUGGUUUACCUGGACUCACUGGUUUUCCUGGUAGUCCUGGACUUGCUGGUCUCCCAGGCCUUCCCGGAAUUGGUCGAGAUGUCACUGGACCCCAAGGAGUAAGAGGUUUGGAAGGAGAUCGUGGAGUUCCUGGUGUCAAUGGACUUGAUGGUCUUGAUGGUGACUUUGGUUUGAAGGGUGAACGAGGUGCGGACUGCGGAAUUUGUCAAGAUGGAUUGCCAGGUUUCAAGGGAGAGAUGGGAGAAGAUGGUUUACCAGGUCUGCCUGGGUUUGAUGGACCUCCUGGAGAACAAGGUUUGAAGGGACAAGGUGGUAGUCGAGGUCUCCCAGGAUUGUCAGGGUUCACAGGCCGAAAGGGAGCUCAGGGUCCCCCAGGUUUCUCUGGAGGUAAAGGAAUAAAGGGAGAUCCAGGAGAUGUCCCCAUAACCAUCACAGAAAGGCCAAAAGGAAUAUCCGGUGAUCCAGGCUUUGAUGGAAAUCAAGGACAGGAUGGUACUCCUGGAUUUCCAGGAGAGAGGGGGCCUGUUGGCUUUCCUGGUGCUCAGGGAAUGAAGGGUGAGAUGGGAAAGUUUGGGAUUGAUGGAUUGGAUGGAAUUGAUGGUAUGAAAGGUACCAAGGGAAACAAAGGACUUCCAGGUGAUGCUUUCCCAGGCUUUCCAGGAAUGAAUGGAGAGAAAGGAUUUGCUGGCAUUCCAGGACAAAAUGGAGCUAAGGGAGUUAUUGGUGAAAAGGGAGAACCAGGUUUACCGAUCCUCAUACCCGGAAUCAAAGGUGACGUGGGAACAUCGGGCAGGCCCGGUGUAGACGGUAUGAUAGGCCUCCCAGGUCUCAAGGGUAUGAAAGGAGACCGAGGUGAUGAUGGACUGACUGGAAUAUCUGGAAACCGUGGUGCACGUGGUGAUGAUGGUGGGAAUGGAGUAAUUGGUGAGAGAGGGCGUGUUGGACCCAAGGGUUACCCAGGACUGCCAGGGUCACCAGGACGUGAUGGAAUUCCAGGAGUAAAAGGCCAGACAGGAGAGAAUGGUCUUGAUGGAUUCCCUGGGCUCAGGGGAGAAAAGGGCUUCCCUGGUAACACACCAGAUGUCUUGUUACCAGGGUUACCAGGAGAACCUGGGUUGCCUGGUCUCUCAGGAGAAAAUGGAUUUCCAGGAGAGAAUGGCCGAGUAGGCUUUCCAGGGGUUCCGGGGCUCAAAGGAGAAAAGGGAUAUGAAGGAGAACCAGGCCGCCCAGGUACCCCAGGAUUAUCUGGGCGCCCUGGUGAUAGUGGCUUGACCGGAAUCCGUGGCCAACCAGGAAAUCGUGGCCGCUCUGGACAAAAAGGUUUCCCUGGACUGAAUGGUGCCCCUGGUGACAGUGGCCUGCCAGGACUGAAUGGUGUGGAGGGAGAGCGUGGUGUUACUGGCCAGCCAGGACUCCCAGGACCAGAUGGAGGUGAUGGAUUACCAGGACCACGAGGAGAAAGAGGAUUGCAGGGACUUCCAGGCCUAUCAGGAUUAAAAGGCUUCAAGGGAGACAUAGGUGCUACUGCCAGUGACGGGCCACCUGGUUUACCAGGGUUACCAGGUGUCAAAGGUAGCAGAGGAAGUGUGGGGCCUGCAGGGUUUGCAGGAGUCCCCGGGGCAGCAGGAGUAUAUGGACCAAAGGGAGAAACAGGACCUGCAGGACCUAACGGUUUCCCAGGUAUCCAGGGACCACCAGGAUUACCAGGGCUUCAGGGGAUUCCAGGAGAUAUAGGAUUGAGAGGAAUACCUGGAGCACCUGGAUUGGAUGGACUGAGAGGUGCCAAUGGUCUCAAGGGUCAGCCUGGUGAGAUUGGCAGCUCCAGGCCUGGCGAGAAUGGUCGCCGUGGAAGACCAGGAGAAAGUGGUAUACCUGGUCUUGAUGGACUAAAGGGAUUUAAGGGACAGUCAGGUGAAAUGGGACGCCCAGGUUUGGAAGGCUUUAAGGGAGAAGCAGGAAUAAACGGAAUAAGAGGAGAGAUCGGUCGUAGAGGUGGUCCAGGGUUGAAGGGACCUAAUGGAGAUGAUGGUCGUCCAGGUGUGGCUGGACCGAAAGGACAGAAGGGACAAGGUGGGGCUGCCGGACUUCCUGGUCAAAGCGGUGGUGUUGGAGCUCCGGGAGAAGUUGGCCCUGCUGGAGAGGACGGAGAUUUUGGUGGACGUGGUGAGCCUGGUUUCACAGGAAACCCAGGUCUGGAUGGACUGGUUGGUAUGCCAGGAGAGGAUGGUAGCCGUGGUUCCAAUGGUAUACCUGGACUUGUGGGGUUACCAGGGGAGGAUGGUCAAUCAGGCAUCAAUGGGGAGCGUGGACAGGUGGGAGUACCAGGAAGUGAUGGAUUUGAUGGUGUUCCAGGAGGACCUGGACGCCCAGGUGAUGUUGGAUUGGAUGGUCUACCUGGUGAACGUGGAGAAGAUGUCAUUUUUGGUGACAUCGGACCCCGGGGAGAUGAAGGAAUCACUGGAGAAGAUGGUUUUCCUGGAGAAAAAGGGCCAGUUGGAACCCCUGGGCUUCCAGGGUUCCCUGGACUGAAGGGAAUGAGGGGGGAGUCAGGUUUCUCCUACCCAGGAGAGGCAGGAAGAAGAGGAGAGCCAGGAACUCCUGGAUUUGAUGGUUUUGCUGGACAAAAUGGCUUCAAGGGGCGACCUGGCCUAAGUGGUUUAUCAGGAAUAAAAGGUGAUCGUGGCUCAGAUGGUAUUCCUGGAGAGGAAGGACGUAUUGGUGACCAAGGCAGCACAGGAUUUCCUGGACUUCCUGGAUUGGAUGGUUUGCCAGGAUCUAAGGGAGACACUGGUGUCCGAGGGUUCCAAGGGGAAAAUGGUGCUGUAGGAUUUCCAGGCGAAGAUGGAUUACCUGGACUCCAAGCAUUCCCUGGAGAUCGUGGAUUUGAUGGGUUCAAGGGUGAGCCUGGAGAACCUGGACCAGUGGAUUUUACUCAACUACCACGAGCUCCUAAAGGACAAAGGGGUGAAUCUGGUGAGCCAGGAUAUUUUGGGGAAUCCGGUCGCCGUGGAGUUCCAGGUUUUGAAGGAAGAGCUGGCCUGCCCGGAGACAAGGGAUCACUAGGACUGAAUGGUCUCCCUGGUCUGAAAGGAAUGAAGGGAGCUCAGGGUUUGGAUGGUCUCACAGGAGAGUCCGGUCGUAAUGGAUACCCAGGCCCUAUUGGGCCACAGGGAUUGUCAGGAAGGCCAGGGGACCUGGGAGGCUCAGCCGGAUUCUACUUUUCAAUACAUAGUCAGACAUCCAUUACACCUGAAUGUCCAGAGGGGACCUACAGAAUGUGGGAGGGCUAUUCCCUCGUCCAUGUAAUUGGAAACGGCCGUGCUCAUGGCCAAGACCUUGGCUCACCAGGCAGCUGUCUGAGGCGUUUCAGCACGAUGCCCAUCAUGUUCUGCAAUAUCAACAAUGUUUGUAAUGUGGCUGCUAGAAAUGACUACAGCUACUGGCUGUCUACUGAGGAACCCAUGACACCCAUGAUGGAGCCCAUCACAGGACCUCCACUACAGAACUAUAUCAGUAAAUGUUCUGUCUGUGAAGCUCCCUCAGAGGUGGUGACUAUACAUAGUCAGACCGUACAAAUUCCUAACUGUCCUGUUGGCUAUAGAGGCAUGUGGAUCGGUUACAGCUUCCUCAUGUCUACUGGAGCUGGAGGACAAGGAGCUGGCCAGAGCCUCCAGUCCCCAGGAUCAUGUCUCCGUGAUUUCCGCUCAGCUCCGAUCAUCGAGUGCCACGGCAAGGGCACAUGUAACUACUACGCAACAUCAUUUGGUUAUUGGUUAGCAACACUUCUACAGGGAGAUAUAAAUUCAUUCAGACAGCCAGUACCAGAAACUAUCAAAGCAGGAAGUCUUAGGAACAGGAUUAGUCGCUGUCAAGUCUGUGUGAGAUCAUGAACAAUGUUGUGAUUUACAUACAAUUUGAAUAACACAUAUACUUUGGCAGGUGAAAAUGUUGAUAACUUUACAAUUAAAAGUGGAUUUUCUACCAGGUUUUUUAUCUUAAAUUUAUGACAUUUUUUUAAGAGAUUUCAUAUGAUUGAUUUACCUGCCAGAGCACGACAUAACAAUAUAAGUUUUUAACAAUAUAUUUUAUGAUUUUACAUCAUCUGUCUAUCUCUCUGUGAAUUGCAGAUAUAGUUCACAAUUCAGUUUGUUUCUUGCCUAUAGGAAAGUCUAUAUGUUACUAAAACAUUUUUACAUGAAGGUACUACCAUACUUGAUUUUAAUGGUUUAAGCUUAUUUUGUAUCAUGACAAAAACAAUCUUCAAGUCUUCUGUAUAUUUUGUUGUACAUGUAUGUAUUCUGUGUUUAAAGGUAUCCAUGUGCCUUAUUCAGAAAAACAAAAGUUUCUGAGUAUCCACAACACAUACUCCUAACCGUUGAUUUGAAAUCAAGAGAAGUUACAAAGUACUUCUGUCCUUCACUUCUGAUUUUAGAAGUUGGUUCUUUCUGGUCAACAGUUAGGAGUGUUUUUGUGGGGAAAUGGGAAGGUUAAUUAUGUAAUACUGAUUUCACGAUGGUGCUAGCCUGUAUGUAGAUAGCUGUGUAUGUACAGUACCUUUCCUAGUCUUUUAUAUCACAUGUGUAUGAAAGGAAUAUUGUGUGGAGCAAAGACGCUGCAGAACAAAUCACAUUUUGUGUUCCUCAUUGUCAGAUGAUAAAUAGCUCAAGGUCCUUAGAAUGUUUCGUGACCAUGUAAAUGACAUCAGAUAUAAAGUUUCUAUGCAAUGUUCCUUAGACAACAGGUGUUUUUUGUUAGAUUCAGUUAUAAAUUAGUGCCUAAACUAAAUGGAGCAAUACCAUACAGAUACAUGUAAAAUGUUUUAAGGUUGCACAUGGAUAAUUUGAAGGAAGUGGGUUUUUUUAACCAAAAAAUGCCAUCAAGUUGAUGUCACAAUCUCUCACCUUCCCCUUUUCUUUUCUCUAGACCUGUAGUAUCAAAGUUUGUGUCUGCAGUUCUUGGUUCACAAAAUUGUCAUUCCAAAGGGACAAUCAAGAUAAUGUCUACCUAUUUUUGUCAGCAGUAAAUGUAAAGGUGAUUUUCCUCUUGUGAAGUCAAAAGUGUGAUUUGAUUUGACACAUGGUGUUUGACCUUAAAGAGGACAAUGUCUUUCAAAUGUUUUAAAAGGUCACAGAAGCAUGCCCCAACCAAGAACCCCAAACAUAAUCUUGUAAAUUUUUGACCUCCAAUUCACCUUGAGCUGGCCAAUGUGAGGUCUGAUCUAGCGGGAUAUCCAUGUGUAGCAUUUCAGAGUUUCUCAUUUCUGUAUUAAUGUGUUUCAUAUUCUACAAAUUUAUAUACAGUACUAUUAAGGUAUGAAAACAGUUGUUCUCAACAGUUAAGAGCAUUAGCUUAUACUUGGCAAACUUUACAUGUCAAAUUGUGAUUUUUUAGGCUUAAAUAAAAUUUAUUGAAUUAA